AUGGAAAAACUUAAGACCUCUGAAAAAAUUGAAAAAUGGCUCAAAAAUAAACUGGCUAAGCAACCAUGUGAUUCGAACAGAGAAAAUGGGGGAAAUAUUCAUACUAAUAUUUUUGACAAAUAUGAUGCUUUGAUCAGUAAAUAUAAGAUCUGAAUUACGAAUGAUAAAGCUGCUAAAUCUAAGAGAAAUAAUACUCAAGGCUAUAAGAAUGGGCUAGGCGGGAAAAACACCAGGACUAUUGACUCGAAAAGACUGCUUCCAGAUACUACUAAGGAUAACAGUAAUCCGUACAAGGUUAAUAAGAGUUUUAGCACAAGAAAGGCAAGUGUGCCAAUAGAAAAUCUGAAUUCUCAUAUUAAUCUUCAACAAUACUCUAAUUUACCUGAAAGCCAAAGAGCGAUGAGCAAGAAGAUCAAUAAAUUAAGUGUGGAAAAUCUCAAGGUUCUGAAAUCUAGCAGGUCAAAGCGAAAAGCUCUGUAUAAACAAAGAAGCGUGCAAGGCUCGCUUCAUGUGGCACCAGCUACACCAACGGCCCAGAAUAUAUGCUUAUGUCAAAAGAGAGAUAAAUUCGCUCUUCCAGUCGCAAAGAUAUCGAAAGGUCGGAAUUUAUACCACAGCCAGAACAAUCCGAUACAAUUCAAGACCCAAAGCGUAGAUUUUCCUCGAACCAAAGUGAACAUUUGGGCAGAUGAAAAGAAAAACAAAAUAGUACGAUACCGUAAAACUGAAGAAAUGAGAGGAGCCCUUGAGCGGCAGAAAAAGGAAAAGCUAGCUAGAGAAGCUCAAGAUCAGCAAAACAUCAAAAAAGAAUAUGAAGAAAUGCUAGGAAAAAUAAAAAUUUACAAAGAUGAUCUCAAGACUGAAGCAAUUCAGAAGGUUCAUAAAAUGAACCAGCAGAAAGAAAUCAUGGAAGAGAAUAAGAGUCUCUACCAGAGAAAUCAAAAAUUGCAACAGGAAAUGGAUAAGAAGGAGACCAUGAAGGAAAAUCCACAAUAUUUGAUUGAACGGGAGAGACAAGACAAAGAAUUCUCAGAAAAAUAGAAGCAAGGAAAGAAAAGCUCUUGAUUUACACUAUCUUACUCAGAUAAAAGAAAACCAAAAAAGGAACAUUGAACUCAAAAAACUAGGCCAAGACACCUCCCAGACCACUUCCUUCCUGUCCAAACUUAAAUCCCACCAGCCAAAAAUCCCAAAAUCCCCAUUCAAACCCCCCAAAACCUACCUCCCUACCCAACCCACCCACUCCAAACCCUCAGAAAACCAGAUAUCCACCCUCACCAAACUCCAAACCUUCCGUGCCCUCCAACGCUCCCGCCAGACCAAAGCCAUUUCCCUCUACAACAAAACUUCCCUCCACUCAAAACCCAGUCAACACCAAAACCUCCCUGCACUAGCUGGAAAGGCCAGUCCCACUGGCCUUUCCUGGUCAGAAGGAAAGGAUGUAGAGACAGUGCUAAGGAAGGGGAAGCUUAAUAGGGAGGGGAUUAGGUAUUUGAAGAUGAGUUCAGUGGAGAGAAGGGAGGAGCUGGAUAGGGUGCUGAAGGAGAUGAUUGGUAGGAAGGAUAGGGAGAGGAGGAAGAAGGGAGUGGAGAGUGGUGAGUUUGAAAGGACAGAUCAAGAAAUAUACUUCCCCAAAGGAUUUGAGAUGUUUUAGAUUCAAUUUUGUUCAUGGAAAUG